CGAGCAUUCACUCAAAAUUCCUGCAGUUUGCGUACAUACUUUGUCACUUGUAAAAUAUUUGUAAUAUCCUAGGAAAAAAAUGACAAAAUGGUUGCUGUUGAUGGUAUGCCUUGGCAUAGCUUGUCAAAAUAUUAGAGGUGCCGUUGUUCGAGAAAAUUCCUCGAGAAAAAACUUGACAAAUACCUUGAACGUGAUUCACGAAUGGAAGUAUCUCGAUUAUGAUUUCGGUAACGACGAAAAGAGGCAAGCUGCGAUUCAAUCUGGCGAAUAUGAUCGUACAAAAAAUUAUCCUCUUGACGUCGAUCAAUGGCACAACAAGACUUUUCUCGCUGUAAUAAGAAACAAUGGUGUGCCUUCCUCUUUGAACGUGGUAUCUGAUAAAACUGGCAACGGUGGACCGCUUCUACAACCGUAUCCUGAUUGGUCAUUUGUCAAGUACGAAGAUUGCUCUGGAAUCGUGAGCGCUCACAAAAUUGCUAUCGACGAAUAUGAGAGAUUGUGGGUUCUGGACUCGGGUCUCGUCAAUAAUACGCAACCCAUGUGUUCUCCAAAACUGCUCGCUUUUGAUCUCAAUACCUCGCAAUUGCUCAAGCAAGUCGAGAUACCGCACGAUGUUGCCACCACAGGAAAGGGCGAAUUAGUAUCUUUAACUGUUCAAGCUAUGGAUUCUACAAAUACUAUGGUGUACAUGGUAGACAACAAAAAUACUUUGAUCGUUUACCAAAAUGCCGAUGAUUCUUUUCAUCGAUUGUCUUCCCACACUUUGAAUCACAACUCUGACAAAAUGUCAGAUCAACAAGAAAAUCUCACCUUGAAAGAAGUAGACAACAAAGUUUAUGGAAUGGCACUUAGUCCCGUGACGCAUAAUCUUUAUUACAAUUCUCCGUCUUCUGAGAAUUUGUAUUAUGUUAACACAGAAUCGUUAAUGAAAUCGGAAAAUCAAGGAAAUGACGUGCAAUAUGAAAGAGUCCAAGACGUUUUCGACAGUCAAUUAACCGUUAAAGCAGUAUCGAAAAAUGGCGUACUCCUUUUCGGACUCGCGAAUAAUACCCUUAGUUGCUGGAACGAGCAUCAGUCACUUGACAGACAAAAUAUCGAUGUCGUAGCUCGAAAUGAGGACACGCUUCAAAUGGUCGUUAGUAUGAAGAUUAAGCAAAACAUUCCACAAUCUGGCAGAGUUAAUAAUACGCAAAGAAAUGAAUAUUUGUUGGCUUUAAGCGACAGAAACCAGAACGUGCUAAACAACGAUCUUAAUCUCGAACACGUGAACUUCCAAAUUUUGGGCGCUAACGUAAACGACUUGAUACGGAAUAGUCGUUGCGCAAAUUUUGACAAUCAGGAUAAUAAUCACUAUAAUCAUAAUCAUAAUCAAGCUCGUCAUUCUUCAAAAUCUGACAAUCAGAAUAACAAUCAACAUAACGAUCAAGCUCAUCAUUCUUCAAAGUCUAACAAUCGGCAUAACAAUAACGAUUAACCUCAUUAUUCUUCAAAAUUUGAUAAUCAGAAUAACAAUCAGAAUAACGAUUAAUAUAACAAUCAAUUUUAUCAUUCUUUAAAAUCUGUUAAUUAAUCUUUUCUCGAUGUAAGUCAAAUAUUUUAAAAAAAUUUCAUUACAUUAUAAAACGAAUAAAAUAAAUAUCGUUUUUUUGCAUAAUAA